AUGAGGGUGGUGUACGAGGACAGCCGCAUGGUCAGCCUCACAGCCCCCUAUGUGUCGGGCUUCCUGGCCUUCCGAGAGGUGCCCUUCUUGCUGGAGCUGGUGCAGCAGCUGCGGGAGAAGGAGCCGGGCCUCAUGCCCCAGAUCCGACUCCUGCAGACUCGAGGAGACUCGUUCCCUCUGCUGGGAGACUCUGGGACUGUCCUGGGAAUGGCCCUGAGGAGCCACGAUCGCAGCACCAGGCCCCUCUACAUCUCCGUGGGCCACAAGAUGAGCCUGGAGGCAGCUGUGCGCCUGACUUGCUGCUGCUGCAGGUUCCGGAUCCCAGAGCCCGUGCGCCAGGCUGACAUCUGCUCCCGAGAGCACAUCCGCAAGUCGCUGGGACUCCCCAGGCCACCCACACCGAGGAGCCCGACGCAGAGGCCAGUGGCAUGCCCCAGAGGAGACUCUGGAGAGUCCUCAGGGGAGGGCCGGCCCCCACAGGACCACAGCCCAGGCCCCAGGACAGCCCCAAGGCCAGGCUCCCAGGAGCAGGAGGGCAAGGACUGGCAGUAGGGUGGAACUGGGCGCCAUGAAGACACGAAGGCCACUGGCCACCUCGUUCUGGCCUCAGGACACUGACCACCCCUGGGGGUGGUCUAGGGACUUAGGGGAACCUCACCUCAGCCGCAGGUAGAGUACCCAGUCCCCAGAGACAGGCUGACCGCACCGCCCCUGGGGGACGCCGCAGCACAGCCCAGUGCCAGGUGGGGUAGAGGUGACCACAGCCCCUCUUCGCCCCGUCAUCGGCUGCUCAGCUGUGGUCACGGUGCUCAGAGGACAGAUCUCUACGGGGGCAAGUGCCAGACCCUGAGAGUGCACGAGACGCUUUCCUGGAGCCCACAAAGGGGACUCAGAGCUACAGCCUGCGCGAGCCCUGCAGCCUCUGCUUUGCCCGCCCCUUUCGAUAGAUAGGACUUGCUUGCUCUUUUUUUUCUUCUCAGGGUUCAUUUUUUUAUUU